AUGAUACCACGCCAGCCCUUUACCAGGCCCUUCGUUAUCUCGCUACUGGUUGUGUCAGUGACAUCAUCCAAAGUGCUUCAUCUGCUCCAGCAUGCCUCUUCUCUUCCCGGCAUUCAAUUUGCGCUCUACUUUCCGACAUUCUUCAUCGUUGAGAUUCUUCUAUUCGUAACCGCGUGGGGGCUGCUUUUCAAAUUUACGGGCGUAAAGUCCCUUUUAGGCACUGUAGUGACAGUGGCCAUCACAUCUCUGAGCUUCAUCUUGUCCUCGUCUCAGAUAUGUUUCUAUCUUGUGACUGGUAGUGAGAUCCCCUGGGAUGGAAUCACAACCGUGGGAAGUGAACCGGAAGGGAGAAAGCUGAUGCUCAGCGGGCUGACAUCGUUUCUGGGAGCUGCGGGCGUCCUUCUUGUGACCUCAUGGCUACUCAAAUAUUGGACAUGCAUUCUCAUAGACAGUUGGGUGUCUGCGCUAUUUAGCACACAAACCAAAAAGGCAGACGAAGUAGGCAUCAUUGCCACUCCCCAAAGAAAGCCCGGGGCAGCACGACUCACUCAACUUUUGACAAUAUGCGCCACGAUGGUCAUUGGACUCUUGCGCUUGACUCGGCCCCAGGUGCCUUAUAAUCAUAUGUCUGAAACUAUCCCAUUUAGCUUUUUCUUGGCCUUGGGUUCGAGACCUGCUGAGCUACAUCAGACUGGAGAUCAACCAUUUCCACUCGUGGACCUAACUGAUGAGCCAUACUGGGAAGGUCCACGCGAUCACUUCAAGGGCUGGGCCCCGGGUAAGGCAGACUCCAACGCCAAAAAUAUUCGACCCGCAUGGGCGUCUGGGGAUUUACCACCAGGGUUCACGAGGUGGAGCGAAGGAGAGUCUGACAGCGACGAAGGAGAUAUUGUUACUGCGGAUGGAAAUGGGACUCAAAAUAACACUUAUAGCCCCGUGGAUGACCCCCUUCGAAUCACCAACCUCGACCGUGAAAUGCUAGAGCCGGUAGCUCAGGCUCUCAAGGACCAUAAAGUCCCCAUUACACAUGUCGUAGUUGUGUUGAUGGAAAGUGCUCGGAAGGACAUAUUCCCCUUCAAGGCAGGCUCAAAUUUGCACAAGAAGAUUCUAUCAUCCUACGAUACCCAAGAUCCCGCAGUAUUCCAAGAGAUUGACGCCAAACUAUCGCAUUUGACACCAAACGCAGAGAAGUUGACCGGGGUGGCUAGUGGAUUUUCGACAAAUGACCAAAUUUACAGCCCUUCUAGUGACGGAUGGAAUGGUAUGACAGAACCAGGAAUGGGCGGCAUCAAUUUCAAUGGUAUUCUCACUGGUAGCAGUGUAUCACUCAAAAGCGAAAUUAUGAACUACUGUGGUGCGGGCCCACUGCCAGUGAACUCCGUGGAUGAGGUCAAAUCCCAAAAUUAUCAGCCGUGUCUCAUGCAGAUGUUUGAAUUAUUCAACCAACUCAAGCAGAAGUCGACCCAGGACACAGUGAGUCAUAAGUCUGGCAAUGGGCUUGAGCACAUUCAUGAUCGGAACUGGAGCUCUGUGUUCUUGCAGUCCAUCACAGGACGGUUUGACGAGCAAUAUAAGCUCAACAAGAAGAUGGGGUUUCAAGAAGCAAUCUAUCGCGAAGACAUUGCCAAGCAUAGUGCCAAACAUCAUCACAAGAACAUGAUAGAGAUCAAUUACUUUGGGUACCCGGAGUACGAGAUAUACCCAUACCUACGAGACGUGGUGAACAAUACAAUCGAGAAGAACGAGCGACUUUUCCUGUCACAUUUAACGAGCACAACCCAUCACCCAUGGGGCAUGCCUACGACGUACCAACAAGAACAAUACUUUGGUGGAGACGAUAUCCUCGCGACGCACAGGGACAUCAACAAAUAUCUGAACACGGUCCGAUACGUGGACGCAUGGCUUGGCGAUAUAAUGAAGGUCCUCAACGAAGCUGAGAUUGCAAACGAGACAUUAGUCGUACUUGUAGGAGAUCAUGGCCAGGCAUUCGCUGAAGAUGCGCCAGCCUCCGGUACAUACGAGAACGGACAUAUCAGCAAUUUCCGCAUUCCCCUCGUUUUCCGACACCCGCUAUUGCCAGCACUGCAAAUCACAGCGAAUGCAACCUCGAUGUCUGUCGUCCCGACCAUCCUUGACCUACUCGUGAAUUCAGGCUCCUUGAACAAGAUGGACUCCGAUGUGGCCCUAGACCUGAUGAAUGAAUAUGAAGGACAGUCACUAGUGCGCCCGUACCAAGCUACCCACAAUGGCCGACAGGCAUGGAACUUUGGCAUUAUCAACCCCGGUGGUACAAUGCUCAGCGUUGGGUCUGCAGCGGUCCCGUAUCGACUCAUAUUGCCACUAACCGGGGACUUUGAGUACGUGUUCUCUAAUCUAGACACCGACCCGGACGAGUUGAGUCCAUUGCGUGGGUGGUCUCUCGAGGAGUUGAUCGGCCGGGUACAAAAAGAGCAUGGAGACAAAGCUGGGAAGUGGCUGGCCGACGCGGAGAAAGUGGGAAAAUGGUGGAUCGAGGAGCAGAAAAUAUUAUGGAAUUACCAAUAG